AUGGCUGCCGAUCAGCCCGGGGAUGUGGUUUUCGAUGGGAAUCAGACUUCCAGCACAACCAGUCUCACGAUGAGGAAUGUCAGCGAGGAGAAACUAGUGAGAAAACUAGACUUGUACCUCAUUCCCCUGGUGAUGCUCUUGUAUCUCAUGAGCUUCCUCGACCGUGUCAACAUUGGCAAUGCUCGCCUAUACAACCUCGAAGAGGACCUUGGGCUCGUCGGCAACCAGUUCCAGGUCGCCGUCUCGAUCCUCUUCGUGACGUACAUCUUGUUCGAGGUCCCUUCCAAUCUCGUGCUUAAGCGCUUCACGCCACGCCGCUGGAUAGCCUUUAUUACAUGCGCCUGGGGCAUUAUCGCGACCCUGACGGGCCUCGUCAACUCGUACGGCGCGCUCCUCGCAUGCCGCCUCCUGCUCGGCAUCUUCGAAGCCGGUUUGUUCCCGGGCCUGAACGUUUACCUCACAUUCUUCUACACCAAGCACGAGCUCGCUCUGCGUGUGGGAUACCUCUUCGUAUCGGCCGCUAUCGCUGGCGCGCUUGGUGGUCUGCUCGCAUACGGCAUCGGACACAUGGACGGCGUCCAGGGCAUGAGCGGCUGGCGGUGGAUCAUGAUCAUCGAGGGCAUCCCGACUUUUGUGCUCGGCAUAAUCACGUACUGGGCCCUGCCGAAUGACCCCGCCACCGCCUACUUCUUUACUGAGGAGGAGAAAGUCAUGAUGGCCCGAGACUGGCGAGAGACACCCAUGUUAUACGGAUUUUCCACGUUCUUGCCCACCAUUAUCCGCGGCCUCGGCGACUGGACGGUGGCUCAAGUCCAGCUCCUCACGGUUCCGUGUUACUUCCUCGGCGCCGCGACGUACAUGUGCAUCGCAUUCCUCUCGGACCGCACGCGCAAGCGCGGACUAUUCUGCGUCAUUUUCGGUACCAUCAGUGUCGUCGGUUACGGCGUGCUGAUAUCCCCGACUUCCCAGGGCGUGCACUAUUUUGGAUGUUUCCUCGUAGCCACUGGACUCUACGUUGUUGUCGGGCUGCCGCUCGCCUGGCUGCCGAACAACUCUCCGAGAUAUGGAAAGAGAACUACGGCCAACGGAAUGCAGCUUUCGACGGGUAACUGUGCAGGCAUUAUGGCGCCAUUCAUCUACGGUUCUGCCGACGGGCCGCGGUACAUCCGUGGUCACGCCACGACACUUGCCAUGGUGAGCAUGGCAACUUGCAUCUAUGCUUUCAUGUGGUGGUAUUUCAACCGCCAGAAUAACCAGCGGGAUCGCGGCGAACUCUCUGACAAACACCGCGACCUUUCGGAGGAAGAGCUAGCAGAGCUGGGGGACGAAAGCCCGCAUUUUCGCUACACGAUUUAGACUUGAUACACAAGAGCCAGCGCCGCGAGGCACACGCAUCCUCUUUUGACCA